UUCUAAUGGAUACCGGGAGGAGAUACUUAAAAAUCAUCUUGAUCUGCAUCCUGGGAGCAGUGACAGUCUUCUUCAUCUAUCUCAACUAUGACUGGAACUUGGUGAGCAGAUUUAUUCCAGCACCGUUAUCGGAUCCUGGGCUGUACUAUGUGGCCUAUCCACGAAACUAUAAAGUCAUCAUGGAUGACACGCCGACGUGUAAGACCACGACUCCUUUCCUGGUCCUGAUGGUCCAUGUUGCAACCAGGGACGUGACAGGUCGGGACGUCAUCCGGAAGACAUGGGGAGAUGAGAAACUGGUUCUUGGUCAGCUAGUGGAGACUGUCUUCGUACUGGGCCUACCUGGGGGAGCUAAUGCUGAGCAGCAGCAGGAGAAGCUCCGACAGGAGAACCUGCAGCACCAUGACCUGAUCCAGAGUAACUUCCAGGACAGCUACCACAAUCUGACCAUCAAGACUAUGAUGAUGCUGGAGUGGCUGGCUGCGCGCUGCGUCAAGACUUCCUAUGUCAUGAAGAUUGACUCUGAUAUGUUAUUGCAUGUCCAUAAUUUGGUUAAACUGCUUCUGGACCCCAGCACGGCCCAACAGAACUACAUGACAGGUUUGGUGUGGUGGCACAGUCCGGUUUUAAGAAACCCAUUCAACAAGUUCUACAUGCCGACAACCGUGAUUGCUGAGCCAGAGUACCCCCCGUAUCCUCUGGGCAUGGCCUACGUCAUGUCCCUGGACCUGCCUGCCAAGAUCCUGACGGUCUCUCCUCACAUUAGACCGAUCUUCAUUGAAGAUGCCUACCUGGGGAUGUGCCUAAAGCGCCUGGGCAUCUCCCCCACCGACCCUCCUGAAAAACAAAUGUUCAUUGUCGACCCAGUGCAUCCUCUGAGCAGCUGCAGCCUUUCAAAAGUGAUCGCCGUGACAACGACAAGCAUCCCACAGAUGAUGAGUUACUGGGAGAGGAGCAGACAGCCAGACGCUAAAUGUUGAGCUUCAUCAGGUUUACCAAGACUGAACUUAGACUUUUGUUUUUGGCUGGACGCAAACGCAAAAGUCUGUCACUGACUGAGUAAUAAAGCUACACGAUUGGUC